CUCCGCCGCACUUCCACUCCCACGUCUCCACCAUCUGCUUCCUUCCCCUUCUCUUCUUCCCGACAUGGCUGCUUCUUUCGGCGGCUCCUUUGCUGCUGCUGCUGCUGUUGUCGCUAUGCUAUUGACAUCAGCACAAGCGGUGCAACAUAUAGUGGGCGAUGAUCAUGGGUGGGAUGUCUCUUCUGAUCUGGCUGCUUGGACCAUCGACAGGGUCUUUAGAGUCGGAGACAACAUCUGGUUUGCAUACUCCGCGGCCGAAGAAAGCCUCAUGGAGCUACAGAGCAAGGAAGAGUACGAGUCGUGUGACCUGAGCAACCCAAUUAGGAUGCACGUGAAUGGCCUUGACAGAGUGAGUCUCGAUGGAGAAGGCACACGUUACUUCAGUAGCGGUAAGCUGGAGAACUGCAGGAAGGGACUCAAAUUGCAUGUGAACGUGAUGCCCGGGGAAGUGAUGUCAGAUGGCGUCGCGGCUUCAGCACCUGAAUCCUCCGCCUCCAUCCAUCUCAAAGCAACUUAUCUGCUGUGGAUUGCUCUGGCCAUCAAUUUAGCCCGCGUAUGGCCUUGAGUCCAUCUUCCAUGUUUCAACAUACGCUGGUGUACUUGUUUGAGAUCUAUGGUGUUGCUUGUGGUGCAUUUCAGCAUUCUCUUACCUGAACUAUCCAACUUUCAUCGUCCGUCAGUUUGUCGAUUUGGCUUAAUUUGUUCUUAUUAUAAAAAAAAGGAUAUUCUCUGA